CUGAAAUCCAAGACAUUCGAGAAGAGCUGCAGAGGAGUGGACAUUGAUGCAUCUCCCUCUCUUCCUCUCUCUCUGUAUCCAUUUCUUCCUGAAAAUUCACAAAUACGCUGAAUGAGAGAAACCUACCAAGAAAUUUUCACUCUUAUUGUCUCUUGAAUCUCUGUGGGUGUGUAGAAAUGGCUGAAACUAGAGGGAAAAAGAAGAGAUUAUCGAUAAAUCUUUCAUUUCUUACACUCACUGAUCAUACAAAACCAAACGGGACCAACAAAUCUGUCAAGAUAUUUGAGGAGCCAGAUGGUGUUGUUGGGCUUCGCAUUCUUACCGCUUUGAAUGAUCGAAAUCUAGAAUCAGUCUUUAUGAAUUGUAGCAGAGAUGCAGUUGUUGCAAUUUCCCCCAAAUCGUGUACGAACCAUACUCCAGUUUUGAGUAACAAAAGUGUCGGUGAUAACAAAAACAAGAAGCUUAGUGCUGGGGAAAUGGAGCUGUCCGAGGAGUACACUUGUGUUAUUUCAUACGUGGGGGACAAUUUGAUCAAGAAAAGAGAGUACUUUGAUGCUGAUUUGUUGACAAAAAAUAGUGUGUCCGAGAGGGUUUCAAUUACUGGUGGCGAUGGUGGUUUUUGGGUAAGUUCAGGAAUGGUAUCUGAUUCUUCAGUGAGUCGCGGUGGCAAAACGGAUGCCUUUCAGACCGAGGAUUUUCUGAAUUCUUGCUUUCUUUGCAAGAAGAUGCUUCAUGGAUUGGAUAUUUUCAUGUACAGAACCCCAUGGUUUGGUUCACAGUGGUGGAUGAAUACCAUAAAAAGCACACCAAUUGGUUUCCACACAAGAUAGUUGAAUCGAUCCUAACAAGUCGAAUUAGAGCUAGGAUCAUGGGUUCGAGUCACAACUUUGUGUUGAGGGAGGGAUUGUUGGGAGAAACAGUACUGCUCUUAAAAGCCAAUCGAUUGGGUCACUUGAACGAUGGUGGUCAAAUGCCAUAAAAGGUUUCAACCCGCCCACAUUAGACACCAACUGGCUUUUAGAUGAGAUAGUUGAAAAUCGAGUCUAACAGUCUUGUUUCAAAUGGUUUAGGGUUCUUGUACUUUUUAUGCGAUUUACAAGGAGAAAUAUAAAGGCUAAUUGGUGAAUAGUGUAUUUAGCUGAAUCAUGUGUUGCUGUUGUUUAGGUGUAUUCAUAAAAAGUAAAUAGCAAGUUUAUUUGAUUGAUUUAAUGAACUAGUGGGAUAUUGUUUUUUUCACUUGGUUUUAGAACGAAUAUGAUGCCUAAAGGUGUAGCAGUAUGCAAUUCAUUACCUUCUUUAAGCUUCUGAUUGUGGCAUAACAAUAUUUUCCAAUAAUUUCACUAGAUUAUGGAUUGAUCGGGAGAUCAUGCUUUCAGAUAAGAGCUGAUUGAUAUUGAUCUCGCUGAGACUUCUUCA